CUCGCCGCUGCCCCUCUCAUGCAUGGACGGAGGUGUUCCCAGCCAAGCGUUGCCAAAUCAUUAAACGACUCGAUGACUCAAGCAGCGCAGCCGCUAUAGGUAUUUAUGCGUCUCCGCGAAAACUCCACCUCCCACCAUACUAUUUUCUUUGCAAUGACCACGUCCCAGAACGGUCCGGUAUACUUCUGGCACGCGGAUGGCGAGAAUGGCCAUUUCGGGCAGUGGUAUCGUGCGCCGUGGGAGCACGAGGGAGUAAGAUAUGAGACGGCCGAAAUGUGGAUGAUGGUUCAAAAGGCGAAGCUUUUCAAAGACGAGGUCAUUGCGGCUCAGAUGGCGGCGACGACGGACCCAAAGAAGCACAAAGCCUUAGGCCGUAAAGUGAAAGGCUUUGAUGGAAAAGUGUGGGACCAGCAUAAGCUCGCCAUUGUUGAAGAAGGUAACUACUGGAAGUUCACCAAAAGCGAGGACGCAGCGAACCUUAAGCGGCUACUUCUGGAAACUGGAGACAGGGAAAUCGUCGAGGCCUCGCCGCUUGACAAAAUCUGGGGCAUAGGCUUCGGUAAAGAAAAUGCAGAGAAGAACAGGGCUAGGUGGGGUCAGAACCUGCUUGGAAUUGCGCUCAUGAAUGUCAGACGGCGGCUGAGAGAAGAGGAGGCGUAGAUCUUCGAACGAAGCGAUGCGGUCGGGAAAUUUCGAGAAUUAUUUACUGCGAUCACACAGUUUGCAUGACCAGGGGGGGAAAGAAAAAUAAGAAGAAUAAGAACUUACACAGAUGGCCAGGCAGCCUGGACAGUACAGUAUGCCGCAGAAAUCAAAUGCUACAUCUUCUGAAGGCAGCCUCGAAUUUCGACAUGGCUACUGGCCGGGCUUCCCCUUAUGUUUAAUCAGCAGUCUACGUAU